AUGGGUGGAGUCCACCUUUACGACCUGUCGAGGGAGAUGACAUACUGCACGACCUACAGCCACAAUGGUGCUGAUGUUAAUGCUCUGUAUCGUGUGACCGUUCAGGCCUGGCUCAGGUCCGGUCAUAGGACACUGUUGUUCUCUGGUGGAGAUGAUGGCACGAUAAGCAUGUGGGAUACUCGAAGAAUGCGACGGCCUGCUGGGGUGCUGGUGGGGCAUACGGAUGGUAUAUGCAGCCUGCAUAUGUCCGACGCUAGCUGGCACUAUUUGUGCUCGAAUGCUAAGGACCAGAAGGUUAAGUUGUGGGACUUGAGGACGGGUACGCAGUGGAUGUUUGGCUGGACCUCGCUGGUGACGAUAGUGCAGAGCACCUCAGCUCCUGUGAAUGUGGUGGAUUACCACACCAAGCAUCAAGCAGCGCCAUGUAACCCGGCAUGGGAUUACCGUAGUCAGCCGUACCCAGGGAAUCCUCUCCUCGACUGCUACACCCAUCCACACGAUAAGUAUAAAUUCUGGACCUUCUCGAAAACUACGGUGCCGCAUCUCGACAGGUCUCUGUACACUUUUGUUGGUCACAAGGUUCAUCGGACGCUCAUUCGUGCUCGGAUGUCGCCUAUGCGCACCACGGGAGGCCGUGCCAACGGCAUCAUACAUAUAUGGGACCUGCAGAAUCCUUCCCCCUUCGGCAGAACCUUCCGAGCGAUGGGGGAGCGGCUCACAGAUGGGGACACGGAGAUUGGCGACAACGACAGUUUGAGCGACGACGACGACUGGUAUGACAGAUCGCAUACCACUCGAGCAGUUACCUGGCACCCAACACUCCCAGCGGCACUGUAUGCCUCUUGGGACCUUCAGGUCCGUAUGCUGUCAGCAUAG